GCUGCGGGGGAGGGCAGGGCGGCGUCGGCGUCGUUGCUGCUACCGCCGGCGCCGCCGCCCUGACAACCUCCAGGCCCUCCUCUUCCCACCCCCUUCUCUUUCCCCGUUCCCACUCGGACGAAAGGCCGGCUUCCGACAGCCAAUCCGGCGCCGGCUGAAGGUGGAGAGUGGCAGGCGCAGGCGCCAAUGGAGUGACAAAGGCGGCGGCUGAGGAAAGGGAGAGAGGAGGGGUAAGCUGGGAGCUAGAACCAGGCGCGGGUGUGUGGCGGCGUAUCUCGAUGGGAAUCGCAGUCAAGGCAGGAGAGAACGGGAGAGCCCAGACCGGGCCUACGCAGGUUAACCUUGAUUUGAACAACAUAUUUGCUUAGAUGAUUCCCGAGUUUCCUGCAUUGAAGAAUAAGUGGCACACAGCACAAGAUUUCAAGAUGAAUUCCUUAAUGGAAACCCCUGAGCUGCCGGCAGUAUUCGAUGGGGUGAAGUUGGCUGCUGUUGCUGCUGUUCUUUACAUUAUUGUCCGCUGCUUGAAUCUGAAGAGCCCAACUGCCCCUCCAGAUCUCAUAUACCAAGACACUCCUUUGUCCCGCUUUCUACUCAAGUCAUGCUCUCUUCUAACCAAAGAGUACAUUCCACCUCUGAUCUGGGGAAAGAGUGGGCACAUACAGACUGCCCUUUAUGGAAAGAUGGGGAGAGUAAGAUCACCGCAUCCUUAUGGACUUCGCAAGUACCUCACAAUGUCAGAUGGUGCAACAGCAACUUUUGACCUCUUUGAACCACUGGCUGAAAACUGCAUUAGAGAAGAUAUCACAAUGGUAAUUUGCCCAGGAAUAGCCAAUCACAGUGAGAAGCAGUACAUCCGCACCUUUGUUGACUAUUCCCAGAAGAAUGGCUAUCGAUGUGCUGUGCUAAACCACCUUGGAGCUCUGCCAACUAUUGAGUUGACUUCACCACGUAUGUUCACUUAUGGUUGCACAUGGGAAUUUGGAGCCAUGGUGAACUACAUCAGGAAAACUUAUCCUCAAUCCAAGCUGGUUGUUGUGGGCUUCAGCCUCGGUGGAAACAUAGUGUGCAAAUAUCUGGGGGAGAACCAGACUAACCAAGAGGGUGUAUUGUGCUGUGUCAGCGUAUGUCAAGGGUACAGUGCACUGAGGGCACAGGAAACCUUCAUGCAAUGGGAUCAGUGUCGGAGAUUUUACAACUUCCUCAUGGCAGACAAUUUGAAGAAAAUCAUAUUGUCUCACAGACACACCUUGUUUGCUGAGAGCCCUAAAAAGCCUCAGAGUUUAUUAGAGUCAGACUUGAGCAGACUUCACACAGCAACAUCCCUUAUGCAGAUUGAUGACAGUAUCAUGAGGAAGUUCCAUGGCUACAGCACCUUAAAGGAAUACUAUGAACAGGAGAGUUGCCUGCAUUACUUGCAGAAAAUCUUUGUUCCCCUCUUGCUGGUUAAUGCUGCUGAUGACCCUCUGGUGCACGAUAGUCUCUUAUCAAUACCAAAAGCCCUCUCAGAAAAGCGGGAGAAUGUCAUGUUUGUUUUGCCAUUGCAUGGAGGUCACCUGGGUUUUUUUGAGGGUGCAGUACUCUUUCCUGAACCCCUCACCUGGAUGGAUAAGCUUGUGGUCCAAUAUGCCAAUGCCAUCUGUCAGUGGGAGAAGAAUAAAUCACAAUGCUCCGAUACGGAACAAUCAUCUGGCCAAGAAUAAACAGUUCCAAAGACUUCAGGUUGUUUCACCUUUAAUCCCCAUCUUCUGGAACUCUUAAUCUCUUCUGCUUUUCCAGACCUAACUUCUGAACACGUUGAACUUGGGCAUUGACCAUAGUGUUUCAUGCCAAAGUAGAGCUACGGCCAGAGAGGCUAAUGACUGGCACUGAGCAAGUUUGGAGUAUAUUUGAUCAUUUGCAGUACAGUUGUGUAUUGGAAGAACUGAUGCACUGUAUUGGUGGGUUGCCAUCUAUAGCUUGCUUCAAGGUUCUGAAACAAGUGCAACAAAAGAACAUUUUUGAAAUUAGCAAGAAGUUUUGAUGCUCUUGACCAUCUGUUCACACUUUCACUGAUAGAAACUGAAACAAAAAAACCCACUUCUGGUUUUUGCAAAACUUGUCUAGCAGUCAGUGAUGUGCGUUAGGAGUUACAGUCUGUUUGUGGUUGCAUUUUUUCCCUCCCCACCUGGGGGGAGACAUCUAUAUCUAUCUGUAGAGGAAAUCAGUCGUAGUUCGCUCUGCAAGUCAUCGGAAAGGCUGUCCACAAAACAAGGGGAAAGCUGAAAGAAUUUUGAGUUUCCGGAAUUGCAUCCCUUUGAGAAGGGGGGUGGGGGGGCUUGCCCUUUCUGAUUAAUGCACUUCGAGGGUUUAGAUUGCUUUGAAAGUGUUUGAUGUGUAAUCAGCACUACAGUUGCUCCAGAAUUCUGGAGUGAUGGCUGGGUGUGUACAGUCACAUUUUGCUUUUUGUUGAGACUUUGCUCAAAGAUGGCUUCUGGGUUGAUCAGUCCAGUGGAUUCCCUGUUGUGUUACUACUCGAGACUAAACAAGUAGCCUUGUGAUACUUGCCUUUUCUAGUAUAAGGAAUUUUUAUUUUGACACAAGACAUUUGUGUGCUCUUAACCCAGGCCUUUUAAUACGGUCUCCGAAUGGAAGCCACUUGCUAUCAGUUUGUAGGUGGCCCUUUUUUGUGUUUUGUUUUCUAGAGUACUUCUUAGCAAAUCUAUAUGUAUACUCUUAGGAACUUUUUGUGUGUGUGAAAGAGAGAAUAUAAUAUCCAUCUAUGCUUUUUUUUUUUUUUUGUCUUGCCCACAUUUCAUGUCUGCUAGGGAAGAACAUAAUAGAUAAAUAAAUUAAAUCCCCAGACUUCUAAAGCGUUGAACUGGCUAUUUUCAGUCAGUAUGCCUUGCCUUAGAGGAGAUGGGGAUUUGGUGUCUACAAUAUUGAAAUGCUUAAAAGGAAAAAAAAAGUUCUGUAUAUAAUGCAUCUACAGUUACUAGGUUAUAUAGGACAAUCUGAUGAGUCCAGUGUUCUGACUUGUCUUUCAGAGCAAAGACAUCAACAGAAAAUUGGUGAAUGAUGCAUUAGGCUGAGUUACAGUAAAAAAGUUUUUUUUACUGCCACACAAUAGAGAGACAUAUUUCUUCACUGAGCUACAGAGUUUCCACCCUGGAAGAAAAAUAUUCAGCCAUAUAUGUAUUAAUAAGAUUUUUAAAAAAUCUGAUAUUUAGAUUACUUUUCUAUUAAGACAGUGGAACAUUGUAGUAAGACACUGCUUCCCUUCAGAAUUGUCAGCUCACUGUUGCCUCCUUGUGGUCCCUUUCACCUCUGUUUUUACAGCAGUUCUCACGGACCCCAUUUUCCAUAACAGUUAGCACUUUAUUGUUUAAACCUUUUUGAUUUUGUUUCUCAAGGCACUUUAAUUAUAGUGUGAUUUUUUUUUAACAUGGAUAUGAAUCCUUUCUGAACUUGGAUGCUUCAUAGAACAUAUCCUGGAGCAGCUUUGAAAUUCAGAAAGGUUGAGUUUUCGGGGGUUAUUCUAUUCUCUUCUAGUUUUAUUUAUUGAGCAAUAAUUAGCUACUGUAGCAGAGGUGCAUUUCUCACAUCAGGAAUAAAAACUCCUUCAGCCUUAGUUCAGCAACCUUGACAUGUCUGGCAAGCUGUGUAGAACUCAAGUUCUACCCCCUCAAAUCUGAGGGAGUGACCAAGCCUAGCAAGACAUGAUUUGGCCAGUGCUUAUGGCUCUUUCCUUUUCCUCAAAGAGUUGGCUCUCCAUUCUUUUUCAGCCUAUUUGUAUGUUAUUCUUUGGAAUUUUCUUCUAUAUCCAUAAACUGCCAAAAUCCUACAUAAACCCUAGUGUGCGGAUGAAAUUAUAGGUGCAUAAGCAGUGCAGGUCACUAUCUAGAGUCUCCUUUCUGUUUGAGUGGAAGUAGAUGUUGAAAUCAUUUUUAGUUACUGCAAAUAUAUAUUGGAAGUGAAUGUAGCUUCUUUACCCCCACUUAAAAUUUAGAAAGUUAGCUAUGAGAGUGUCUGUUUCACAUCAGUCUCCACAAUAUUAGUUUUUUCCUCUUUAGUGUGCAGCUGUUUUGCCAAAAAGAGUUUGCCUAGCAGCACAUAAGCAUAGAAGCUCCUCUAGACUUGCCACUGAGAGCCAUCUUUCUCAUCUGCCCCACUUCUGGUUUCUCUUUAGAUCAUAUAAAUCUCAUCUGCCCCACUUCUUAGCAAAUAGGUACUAAAUAGCGGAAUUUAACACUACCAUUGACUUCUACCCAAGUAAGACAUUUUUGAUGCAUUUAAAAGGGAAACUGCAUUUUUCACAAAGGAAAGGCUUUUAUUACCUUCUCCUGCUUGAAGGUGGAUGUGAGGAUGCAAUUAUUUGUAAAGGGCCCUUCAGCUAUGGAGCUAGUUUUGCACCUGAACAAGAAGAUGAGUUGAUGCCUGCUUUUGAUGGCACUCCAGUGUUCAUAUUUAGGCAUUCUUAAGCUUCAGUACUCAGGGAUCACAUGGCAAUGCACCUAUGUAAUACAGCCUUUUCAAAGAAGAUCACUUCAGUGGUUAAAAUUCUUUUAAAUGGAGGAGAGCCUGAACCACUCUUGUCUAAAACCAUCAAACCCUUGAAAAUCAUUAGCGCUCUUGUGAAAUGUUAGAAGGGAUCCCUUUCCCCCCCCACACACCAAAAUGUGGAGCUGUUAGAGUCUUUACUUCUCACUAACAUGGCCAUAUAGAAAUUUGGAAACCUAUUUUGCCCCAGAACACUGCCAGUGAGACCAUAAAAUUUAGGUUCUCAGUCUGCUUGAUAGACACACUUGGGGAUACACUAAAUGCUCCCCGCCCCCCAGAAAAAAAAACCCCAGUAGGGGAAAGAACGAGUUAACUUGAUCCAACAGGAGGAAGUGGCUUUACAAAUUCCAUUUUAAAAAUAUAUGUGAUUCUGACUUUCAGUUAGUAUUUUCCAGUAAAUCUGUGAUUCUGCUGUAAUGCAUCUCCCUGCUUGUCAGUAGGCUAGACUUCAGCCCCCCCCCCCCCGAAAGAUAUUACAAACAAACAAAAACAAGGAAGCAUCCAGUACACUAACAUUUCUUCCAUCCCAUUAUUUUUGCCAGUAAAUUUGAUCUUGGUGAUGCUUUCUGUGUUACGAUUUGCUGUUUGUAACUGUGCACAGGAGCUCACCAGAUCUUGUUACUUAAAAAAAAGGAAAAAAACAGCACACCACUUCAGACCUUUCUGUUUGAGGUGAUCUGUUGCAUUCAAUUGGUUUGCCACGUGGUAAGAGCUGCCAUGUUCAGUUAUUUUCAAAGCAGAUUUCAUCAGAUGAAAGCAUAAAGCAGCUCUUCACUGAUAACAUCUGCAGCUUUCUGUAAGCUGUGCAUCUAUUUCAACAUUCAUAUCUUCACUGUUUUGUUGAUGCCUGCACUAAAGUGGCCUGGUUGUGGCUGAAAUGUUUGUAUUCCAAAUAUUCAUGGACUCUUAAGGUUGGGCACCUUUUUAAGAUUGGCUCCGGUCUUUUUGUGAAGGCUUAUAUUACUAGGUAGCAGGCCAUGUUUACAACUCUCUCUUUUUUUGUCCCAGACUCAUGCUGAAAGUGUUUGGUCUAUUCUUUUCUAAAAGGGCAUGCCCUACAUUCAGUUAUACAGAGGUUAGCAGUUUUCUUCCAAUUGUAUUGUCAUUGGCCUUUGAGUUUUCUGCCAGAAUAGAAACUUUCAACUCCCUGUCUGGGGACUCUUAUCAUAGGAAAGCAUCUCUACAAGGAGAGGUCCAGGUGUGUAUCACUGAGUAGUCUUGACAAGAGUAAUAAUAGCCAACAAGAUGGUUGUAAAGUAUCUGAAACACACCACCGGCCCCCUCCCAUAUAUCAGUUGCCUAAGCAAUCCUCCUUAGCUACAUGUUAUGCGGACCUCUUAGUCGCACACCAGGCACACUUAUUGCCAGUGAGGGCGAAAAGUAGCCUGCUGGUAGUGUACUGAGCAAGGUCUCCAUUGAAAAGGGGUGGUGGGUGCCAUGCAACGCUGCUGGAGUUUUGUGGCCUUCGUACUAUUCUAACAUCUUGUUUCGCUGUCUCCACAUGUUCCUUAUCUGGAAUUGUUUUCUUUUUAAAAUCUCCUUUGCCUUGAAGCGCCUCUGGUUUGGUUGCUUGACAAAAUGAGAUGAAAUCAGCCGGGUGGAAUGCGGGGGCAGUGGGAUCUUUCCCCCCUUUUUUUAAUCAAAAACUGUACUGUAUCUCAUUGAAGCAUCUGGUGUUCUGUUCUUUUUGCUGGUUACAUUAAAGGGCACAACCAUGAAAGGGCAGCAUUUAUAAAGCUGGAACUGAGAAUUGGUAUUCCCCCCCCCCCCCGCUUUUUUCCAUUUUGCAACCAGAGCAACCAUCCCUAUUUCCUCCGUGCAAGACAUUUCCUCGGUUUCUGGGACCACCAACCUUCCAGCACUUUUGCUGGUUCAAAUCCUUGUAGAGUAAGCCAUUGUUUCAAAAUUCCUGAGAUGGGGAUUCACUGUUUUUCAGCUUAAUUUUUUUUAUUUUUUUUUUGCAACUCGCAGGAGUUAUUAUUUUGCUAUAUGCAGCAGAAUCUCUGCUUGUACCAAACAGCCUUUUCCAGAAUUGAAGUAGGUUCAGUUCCAGAUCAAUGGCUGGUAAAAAGCCUAUGCAGACAUCAUGGCUUAAUUUGUGUGGCUGUUUUGUACUGGGAACCUCAAGAACUUAAUCUGCCAUUGAGAUUCAUCAGUGUAGUGUGUUAGAAUCUGUGAGUCUGUCCGUUCAAGUUAUUUCAUCACAGCUAUUUCAACUGCAUUUGAAAGUAAAUUUGAUUUUGCAUUUGAUUCGUUCUGACAGCCUUUCACCUUAUUUAAGAAAGCACAACUUUAAAAGAUAAACACCCCAUUUUUCUCCUGAACACACAGAGGAAUAUCCGAACACCUCAGGAAGCUAGACCUGUACCUGUGCGCUCUUUGAUUUCUGUCACUGCAGCUGCCUUAUCGGAGUGAGUUGAGUGUUUGUUUUUUUAGGGUUUUUUUAUUUUAAGAAAAUGUCUCUUGAACCUCAGUUUUUUCUUUUUUUCUUUUUUGGUAAUUUUUGCUUCCAGACAGACAUUUUGGAAAACAUCACUUUCACAUUCCUAAUUCCUUUGGAAACAAAAAUGCUGCCCUGAACAGGUUUCAUGUGUGUAAGUGACUCUCAUGGUUGCUGGUUCCUUUCUUGUCUCUUAGGAACCAGUUGCUGCUGAGAUGAAAAUUUGCAACUAGCAAUGCAAUUUUUCUAAAUCUGCUAACGUUUCAAGUUAUUAAAAGUGUGUCCUUGAUCUUUUUUUCUUAAUUUUUUUUGUUCUGUGUGUGAUAAACAGAGUCAUGCGGAACAGAGUAAUUUUGUUACAUUUGAUUCAAUGGAAUUUCUUUGCUUAAAAAAAUAAAGAACUUAUUUGAGUUCGGAA